UCUUCUUACAAAAAAAAAUAAGUUUUGCUUCACGUCAGCAAACCAGCAACUUUGUUUCAUUCGCGAUUUUUUACUCAAUUUUUGCCUUCCUUUAUUGCUGUUUUUUUUUUUGGCAACAUCUUUGUUCAAGCUUGACCCGGUUGCCAUGGUGAUUGAUCUGCAGCGUGGCAGCAACAUCAGCACCGAGCAAAGUCCCGGGUCAGACCCAGCAGCGCUGACCCAGGCCGGUCACGCAGUGGCGGCCGUCGCCCUCGGGUGCAUCCUGGUCUCGGGUUUCCUGGGGAACCUCUUGGUGCUCCUGGUGUUCUCGCGCUUCCCCGGGCUGCGGACUCCGGUCAGCCUCCUCCUCAUCAACAUCAGCGUCAGCGACAUGCUGGUCUGCCUCUUCGGGACUCCUCUCAGCUUCGCCGCGAGCGUGCGCGGCAGGUGGCUGACCGGACCUCACGGCUGCCGGUGGUAUGGUUUCUGUAACGCGCUCUUCGGUGUUGUGUCCCUGGUGUCUCUGUCCUUGCUUUCCUAUGAGCGUCACUCUGCUCUGUUCAGCAGCAUCCAGUCGUACUCUUCUCAGUACCGCAGAGCCAGACUGGCCGUGGCUGUUUCCUGGCUCUACUCGCUGGCCUGGACUCUGCCCCCCCUUCUAGGCUGGAGCAGUUAUGGCCCUGAGGGUCCUGGGACCAUCUGCUCGGUCCAGUGGCAGCAGCGUUCGGGCUCGGCUCGCUCCUACGUCAUCUGUCUGUUCAUCUUCUGCCUGCUCCUGCCGCUGCUGCUCAUGUUCUUCUGCUACGGGAGGAUCCUGCUGGCUGUCCGGGGCGUGGAGACGCGGGGGUCCAGAACAAACCAGUCUCCUGCAGAGUGGAGAGAAGGACGUGUUCUUUUGAUGGUAACUGCCAUGGUGACGAGCUAUCUGCUGUGCUGGAUGCCAUACGGCGUGGUGGCAAUCUUCGCUUCCUUUGGGAGGCCUGGCAUGGUGUCGCCAGCAGCCACUUUAGUUCCCUCCCUUCUGGCAAAAACCAGCACCGCCCUCAACCCAAUUAUUUACGUGUUGCUUAACGACCAGUUUUCCAGGUGUUUCUACUACAUGACCAGGUGUGGCUCAGAACCGCCACCCUUUCCAGUCCAGCCAUCAAGCACCAGGUGUGAGUGGCCUCCUUUUCUGCCCACAGAAGAGCAAAAUCUACCGCAGGACGCACUAACACCAAGAAAUGAAGCUCACCGUGAACCAUAAAAUGAAACGGAGGGAAGACAUUUGUUCAUUUCUGAGUAAAACGCGUUUCUUUGUAGAAUAGGAUUAGUAUCUCACAGUACCACCAGGGGGCGCCAUAGCUUUUGCCAGAGAAUUCAAGCACAAGGUGACAUUCAGAAUGUUUUUAUUAGUAUUUAACAACAAUUCUCAAUGCAUGGUUAAAAAAAAACAACAUAAUUUAGUAAGAAAAUAAACAUACAUUUUCAAAAAUAUACAGUUCUUUAUGUAUUUUAUGAACCGCUGCUUGCCUUUUGUAGAAACAUUCCUAUUUUGAUGAAAUUACAAACAACUUAAAACAUGCUAAAAGAGAGUAUCAAAAGACACAGCAAACACCAUGGAGAUGAACUGUAAGAAGCAGCAAUCUUCCCUGAGCAGACAGUCCACUCUGGAUGAGAGAGCUGCAGACCUGCAAAGACAUGAACCAUCGCCUCAGCGGUGCACAGACGUGGACACUGCAAGUCUCGAGAACAAUUCUAAACGUGUAA